AUGUUGGAGGCGCUUUACCAAUACAAAUGGUUUUACGGUUAUGUUACUCGGUAAGACGUCUGUUACUGUAAUUCGUUUACUAAAAGCGGUCCAAAAUUUUGUAGAAUUUGACAAGUUUUGAUUAUAUGCUGACUUUGUACCUAAAAUUGUAUAAAAGUGCCACCACAGUACUGUAGUUUAUAUUACUGUCUCGCUAGAGUACGAGAUAUACUCGUUUAAUAUACAUUGUGAAGUAAUCUGAGCCAGUAUGAAACAUACUGUGACAGUACGAAGUAAACUGUACCCGUUUCAGUAAGUUUGUUGGUCAAUAUCUCAAGAACGUUGGCGACUGGUGUGUGCGGGCUGAGAUGAAGAAAGGCAAGACCGAUAUCAUAGUAUGUGUGGUAGCGGGUACGGGACCAUUCAAGGAGUACAGUCUGGUGCACGAUCGGAAGAAGGGCUGGUACUUUUUGGGGAUGCCGAAUGAAAGCCACCCCACUCCCAAGGAUCUUCUCUUCAGUUCAUCUAAGACUUUGAAGAGGGUAGGUUGUUUGGUGACUGUAUUAUAUCUUCAUCUUUUACGAUUAUUGUAAUCUAGCUUAUUGUAAGGUAAGUAUAUUUGAAAUUUGGUAGAACAUACGCUCUGUUAUACUGUAUGUGUAAUAUAAAAGCAGAAUUGAUGUUUUUAGUUACAAUUGACUACAGCAAUCGAACGACCGCCAAUCUUUAUACCCCCCGGCUCUAUAGAAUGGGAAGAUUGCAGUGCCACGCCCUUGGGCAAAGGAGCCUACGGUACUGUAGUUCAAGCUGUCGCCAAUAUCAAUCGUAAGCCUUUAAAAUUACAGUAUCUUUUAAAUUUCUAUGUUUCAUCACAAGUAUCCGACCCCCUAGUGCUGAAACAUACAGUAUUAGACGUCACUGAUCUGACUUCCACCCAAAAAAGACCCUCUUACCAAUAUGUUGGUAUUACCUUUUAAAAUAAUAUGUUUUACAGAAGAAAAGUACGCAGUAGCAGUAAAAGUUCCAAGAACGAUAGGUCAGAGCUUCACAGCGGCGAUGAGGAGCGCGGUAAUGAUGGAGAUGGAUCAGAUGGUACACGAGGCAGUGGUGAUGCAGCAGUUGAAACACGAAAACGUGGUCAAAUGCUUUGGACUUGACAGUUCCGAAACCCAGUUCAAGGUACGGUACUUUUUUACCUUUACUAUCUUUUUUUGUUACAGUGUAAUUCUUUGAUCUAAUACAAUCUAUGUAAAGGGUUGAGUAAUAUUAUGAUAUUGUUUUAGUUGGUAUUGGACCUGUGUCCAGGGGGAAGUCUUCUGAGUCAUUUGCGCCAUUGUGGACACGACAUCAAGAUGAACGAGAGGGUCAUUUUCGGAUUAGAGGCUGCCCGAGGAUUAAAAUAUUUGCAUAAAGUGAAAUGUCUUCAUCGGGACAUCGCGGCCAGAAACUGUUUGCUCGGGAAAGUAUGUUACAAUACACAGAAUAAAUGUGAAUUUAACUUUACAAACUUACUACAAGUUCAAAGGCAGUAAUCAAGCAAAUAAUAAUAUAAUUCCACGGGUUACUGUAUUGCAGGAUGGACUGGUAAAACUAAGUGACUUUGGAAUCAGCAUCAUGGAAGGCUGUACAACACCGAACGAAGACAAAAUCAAGAUUCCGAUUCCGUGGCUGGCUCCAGAAUGCCUCGCCGUCAGGCCCAGGUACUCGACUAAAAGCGACGUCUUCUCCUUCGCAAUUCUGAUGUACGAGAUCGUGACGGACGGCAAAGAACCUUGGCCAGAAUACCGAUCUACAGAAGAGAUUGCUGUCGUGGUCAGAUGUGGAAUGAGGAUGUCACUGCCUUUAGGUAUACCAGGGGAUCUUCAUCGCAUCAUCACUAGUUGUUGGUCGCAGAUUCCAUUCGGCCGACCUGAAUUCUUUACCGUAGUGCAUUGGCUACGGACCCUACUGGAUGACGUUGGUGUAAGUACUACUGCUGUGUAUCAUACAUUAGUGUGUCUAUCAUUAUGUUUUAGAUACCAUCGUUCUCGGAAAGAUCGAUAUCCAAGUUCUGCAAACACAAUGUCCAGUUCACCGACGAUGGGAGUGACUACGAACUGGACGAGUGUUCUCCACCACCGACUUCGGAAGAGAAAGAAAAGAGGGAAAAGGCAGACAAAUUCAGAAUGGACAGAAUGAAGAAAGGAGGAGCGCCUCAAGACUUUAACAACACGUCUGACGAUGUUAAUGAACCCCAUAAUAAAACCAAGAAAGGACUUCUUUCCAAACGUCGCACCACCUUCAGUCAGAGUAUAACGUCAGUUUAGAUUAGCCUUUACAAUGGAAUGCUUCAAGUUUUAGGCGACUAUCAGAAGCUCCUCAAUCCGAAUCGAAGUCAGCAUCCCCACGCAAGUCGGCCAUAAUUCAUCAUAACCGAAGAAGGCGAAGUGGCCAAGGGAGCUUGUCGAUGGCACAACCCCCAAUAAACGCUAGAAGACCUAGUGUAGCCCUUGGUCGUCGAGUAAGUUAACAAAAACUGUAUAUAUAUGAAUAUUUUUAGGCAUCAUCACCAACAGCCACUGGGAGAGUGACCGGCAGGAGAAACUCACAAGAAAGAAACGACAACUGA